CUCCGCUGCCUGUCCCGCUCGCCCUUCUCCGGGGACGGGAGGCUCCCGGGCCCCGUGCGCCUGGACAUCGACACCGACUUCCAGGCCGUGCGGCAGCAGGAGAAGGAGGACAUCAAAGUGCUCAACAACCAGUUCGUGACCCUGAUCGAGAAGGUCCAGAGCUUGGAGCAGCAGAACAAGAUCCUGACGACCAGGUGGAACUUCCUGAAGGACCAGGACAAUUCCCACUCUGACUCGGACAUCAAGGCCAUCUAUGAGCAGUACAUGAGCAAAAUGAACCAGGAGAUGAAGGCGCUCAACUACGAGCAGGAAAACCUGGAGUCUGAGCUGGCAAAGGUCCUGAGCACCAUGGACACCUUCCGGAGCAAGUACGAGGAUGAAAUUCGUCUCUGCAGCGGGAUGGAAUUCACCUUCAUGGAGCUGAAAAAGGAUCUGGAUGUGAGCACCUUGCACCGAACAGAACUGGAGGUGAAGCUCAAAGGGCUCCAGGAGCUGCUGGAGCUGAAGAAAACCAUCUAUGAGCAGGAACUGGAGGAGCUGCUGACGGAAAUCAAGGACAUUUCUGUGGUGCUGGGAAUCGACAGCUGCUCCCGGCCAGACCUGGGCAGGAUUGUGGAGGACGUCAGGGCCCAGUAUGAAUUCCUGGCCCUGCGGAGCUGGGAAGAGGCUGAGGCCCUCACCCGGAGGAAGCUCACCGACAGCAGCUCCCAGUCUGGCUCCUUUGGGGGGCACCUCCUCGACAGCCGUCGGGAAAUCGCAGAUCUGAACAUCCAGAUCCAGAAACUCCGGUCCUGCAUCGUGUCCCAGAAGAGCCAGUGCCUGUACCUGGAGGAACACAUCCGUGAGGCUGGCGAGCAGGGGGAGGGGACCCUCAGGGACGCCAAGGCCAAGGUGGCCGGGCUGGAGGAGGCCCUGCAGCGCAGCCGGGAGCACAUGGCUCACCUGGUCCGGGAGUACCAGGAGCUCAUGAACAUCAAACUGGCCCUGGAUGUGGAGAUCCUCACCUACAGGAAGCUCAUGGAAGGGGAGGAGAACAGCAUGGAGCAGCCCAUUCCCACUGUCAUCAGCGCUGUCCACUCCUGCCCGAAGCCCCUUUCUGCCAGCACCCUGCGGAAUUCACGGCUGUUUGCCCGGGGCUCAGGGGACACGGAGCUAAGCGGAGGCAGCACCAGGAGAGCCCAGGACGUGCUGGGGAUUCCAGACACCGGGACCCAGCCCAAGCUCAGCUCCGAAGCCCCCGAGGAAUGUUCGUAGAAUGGGAUGAACACGGAUCCAAGGCACCUGGGAAGCUCUUCCUCCUGAACUCCAGCCCACAUCCAAGGGAUGAAGGAUGAGGAUCCUGUCCAGGCUGUCCCCUGUCUUCCCACCAUUGCAGUUCACAGCUCCAUUCCCAGUUACAGCAGGAACCAGCCCAGGACUUUAGGGAUUCUCCCAUUCCCUUCACCUUCCUCUCCAGGGCUCCCUUCCCAGGGGAUUUGCAGUCACCCCUUGGAAUGUGCCCAGCAGGAGGGAAAUGUCCCUACCCCAGUUUUAGCAGCUGCCAUUGGUCCCUUUACUGGUGUUGCCAAACCUUUUCCCUGCUCCAAGGGUGAUCCCCAAUGGGGCUUCCAAGGAAAACACCAUCCAGGUUUCCACACUGGGGAGAGAGAGGAAAACAAUGCCAGGGAUGGAUUUGUCACCUGGAUUGACAGAUCUGGUGACACACUGGGGGACCCUUGGCCACCUCAGGGCAUUUCUCUCCCUUUGGGGGGGCCCUCAUUCCAUUCCAUUCCAACCUCUUGAUUUCCAUAAGCCCUUCCUAUUCUCCCUCUCUCCAGGCUCCACACAGCAAUUCCAGCUCCUAAGAUUGGGGUAUUGGUUCCUAUUUAACUGCACUGGGAACAUCCUGGUUUGGGUUGGGAGGGACCUCAAAGCUCAUCCCAUUCCCACCCCGGCCAUGGGGUGGAUAUCCCAGGUUGCUCCA